UAUUGUGAAAGCAAUCCCACCGGAAGUUCACAUAUACCACAAAACAAAACGAAAACAGAGAUUAAAGUCCUGAAUCUCUGCGAUGCAUCCGGCCAACUUGUAAGAUCUCGAAACGUCAAAGAUAACAACCUCAAGGAUGGCACUAAAGGUGAGACUGAAUUGUCUCCUUCCCGUCCUUACGUCUCUCCUGUUGUCACUGGUUAUUGACAGCCAUCCUCUCUCUGAGCGCAUUUUUAGUUCAACAGAUGCAAUCAGGGCUGCAUCUAAUGAAACCAUAAAGAAAGCUCCAGACAUAGCAGCAGAGGUGGGACGAUAUGCUGAUUUGGCCAAACAUAUCAUUGAGCUAGCUGUUUUUGGUGCUGCCCAGAACCGUUCCUACAGACGGCUGGCUGACUUCACUGACACUGUAGGGAACCGGGUCAGUGGGUCACAGAACCUGGAAAUGGCUAUCAAAUACAUGCACAAUGCCAUGACCCAGGAUGGGCUGGAUGUUCAUCUGGAACCAGUAAAAAUCCCUCACUGGGUGAGAGGGCAGGAGAGUGCAGAGAUGAUUAUGCCCAGGGCCAAGAGCCUGGCUAUACUAGGGCUUGGCAGCAGUGUAGGAACCCCUCCAGAAGGUGUUAAGGCUGAGGUGUUGGUGGUUCAGUCUUUUGAGGAACUGAAGCGUAGAGCCAGCGAGGCCGCAGGGAGGAUUGUGGUUUUUAACCAGCCUUUUAUCAGCUACGGCGAGACGGUUUCUUAUCGUGCUUUUGGUGCUUCAGAGGCAGCUAGACUGGGAGCUGUGGCCACACUCAUUCGAUCUGUCACUCCUUUCUCUAUUAACAGUCCUCACACAGGCUCUCAGACCUACCAAGAGGGGGUGAAGAGAAUCCCCACAGCCUGCAUCACAGUGGAGGACGCUGAGCUGAUGUGGCGUUUGGCCCAGAACAAACAGAAGAUCGUAGUUAGACUCAUAAUGGGAGCCCAGACUCUGCCAGAUGCUGACUCUUUUAAUACAGUCGCUGAGAUAAGAGGCUGGCAGCACCCAGAGCAGGUUGUCUUAUUGAGCGGUCAUCUGGACAGCUGGGAUGUGGGCCAGGGCGCCAUGGAUGAUGGAGGGGGAGCCAUGAUAUCCUGGGAGGCUCUGUCACUCAUCAAGGACCUGGGCUUGCGUCCAAGAAGAACUUUGCGAGCAGUUCUGUGGACAGCUGAGGAGCAGGGUGGUGUUGGAGCCCAACAGUACUUCAGUCUCCACAAGGACAACAUCUCUAACUUUGACCUCGUUAUGGAGUCUGACCUGGGGACGUUCACCCCGAUGGGUCUGCAGUUUACUGGCAGUGAUGCGGCAGGUAAGGUGAUGGAAGAAGUGGUCAAACUUUUGGCUCCCAUUAAUACGACCAAACUGGAGACCAGUGGUGAGGGGACAGAUAUCUCUCUGUGGAUGCAAGCAGGAGUUCCAGGUGCCAGCCUCCAUGUGGCCGACAGUCGUUACUUUUGGUUCCACCACAGCGAGGGGGACACCAUGACAGUCCAGGACCCUCACGACAUGGACCUCUGCUCGGCAUUGUGGGCUGUGGUUGCAUAUGUGGUAGCCGACCUGCAGGACAUGCUGCCGAGAUAACCCUAAAGAAUGAAUAAAUGACUGAAUGAACACCGACGAUCGUUACAAUGUAAAGUAGCCAGUGUACAGCUUGUAUAACUGUAUGAUUUGGUAUCCCCUCAAAAUAACUCAACACACAGCCAUUAAUGUCUAAACCGCUGGCAACAAAAGUGAGUACACCCCUUGGUUAAAACAUCCAUAUUCUGCCCUAAGUUUCAAUAUUUUGUGUGGCCACCAUUAUUUUCCAGCACCACCUCAACUCUUUUUGGCAAGGGGUCCACUAGAGCUUCACAGGUUGCUUCUGGAAUCCUCUGUGACAUCUGGAAACUGCUGGAUGUUAGAGACCUUGCACUCCUCCACCCUCUGUUUGAGGAUGCUCAACAGAGUUAAGGUCUGGAGACAUGCCUGGCCAGUUCAGCAUCUUUAUCCUCAGUUUCUUUAGCAAGGCAGCGAUCAUCUGGGAGGUGUUUUUAGGGUCCUUAUGUUGGAAUACUGUCCUGCAGCCCGGUUUCUCUCUCUAGCUCCCCACAGCACUCAUGCAGCCCCAAACCAUGACACUCCCAGCACCAUGUUUGACUCUAGGUAAGAUGCUUGUUUUUGCACUCCUCACCUGGUUGCCGCCACACAUGCUCGACACCGUGGGACCCAAAGGUUUAUCUCUGUCUCAUCAGACCACAGGACAUGGUUCUAGUAGUCCAUAUCCCAAGUCUUCUUGUCUUCAGUAAACUGUUUACGAACUUUCUUGUGCAUCAUCUUUACAAGAGGCUCCCUUCUGGCAUGACAGCCAUGCAGACCAAUUCGAUGCAGUGUGCAGCACAUGUUCUGAGCACUGACAGGCUGACCACCCCCCCUUCAACCUCUGCAGCAAUGCUAGCAGCUCCCCAUUCACACCCGAGACCUUGUAACACGGCACCAUGGAGGAAAAAUGGCUAAUUGGGCACAAUUUGGACAUUUUCAUUAAGUGUACUUACGUUUGUUGCCAGCAGUUUAGACAUUAACAGCUGUGUGUUGUUUUUUAAAGGAAAGCAAAUUUACACUUAUACAAACUGUACAGUGACUACUUUACAUUGUAUCAAAGUGUCAUAUCUUCCAUGUUGUCCCAUUAAAAAAUAUUAAAUAUUUGCAAAAAUGUGAGGGGUGUACUCACUUUUGAGAUACUGUAAAAUUUGAUGCCAUGUAAAGGUUUAUAGAAAGCCCAAUCUACUUGAAACAAUGAACAAACUACAAAGAUUUUAAAAAAAUCAAAUACUAGCCUCUUGAGUAUUUCUUCUCAUUUAAAUACCGUACAACAAUAACUGGGUAAUAAUGAAUGUAUUUACAAGUUUUCAGUGCAGGGUUUCGCAAAAAAGCAGUUUUUAAAACUUAAGCCAGAUGUCACUAGCAAUUUGAGUCAUUUUUGUAAAAAAUAAAAUAAAAUACACCCGAGUCCUAAUGAGACCAAUUAUCUGUGAAAUAUUCAAAAUCAAUGUGCAGCCUGGGGAACUCUAGUAUAGUCUCAAUUCCUUGUUUUUCAGACAAAGGUCCUAUGAAUCGUCAUUAUCUGCCAUUAUUAAACUCUUAAUAUUGAA